UGUAUCAAACAUAUACUUUCUGAUUAAUUUCUCUAAUUGCUAUGGCUCGGUCACUGGUAAUGAUCCACCCUCUACCAAGCAUUUCACAUAUUGGCUUCACUGUUAUGAGCCUUAUGGUGUGUGCCAUUGCAUUGCUUAUGUGUGCUUCUCAUUCACGCAAAUGGCCUAAGUGGAUCUCUUGCUAUGCCUUCGUAGAAGAACCUGUCAUAGAAUUCAACAAUGAAGCUGUCAUGAACACUUGUGAUGAGCGACAAGAAGAUGGCUCACUUUGGCAGAAGAACAUUCUAAUGGGUGGGAAGUGCCAGCUCCCUGAUUUCUCUGGUGUCAUAAUAUAUGAUUCUGAUGGCAAUAUAGUUAAUCCUGCUAGAACUUCUCCUCCAUUACUAACCUGGAAAUAAGGAUUUCGCGUUCAUUAUAUUUCUUCUUGGUCUCUUAUAGUCUCAGUUUCAGCAGUGAUAAUCGAUUGUUGCGUAAAACUCCAAGUUAAACCAACACCAAACUUUGGCAGUAUGUCAAGAGUGUCUCUUUUGUAUCCAUGUAUAUAUAUGGAAGGUCUUGUAAUCUUUAAUAGAUGUUAUGUCCUUAGAUUCUGUAAAGUAAAACAUGAAUCUUUAGUUUGAAAUUAAGUACCUUUAUCAUUA